AUGUCUAACGUCCAAGAAACCCCGGUCAAAGCAGGCGCAUCGCAGUUCGCCAACCACAAUGCGGUUCAGAUCAACAGCACUGACUUCCGCAAAGGGUUGUUGCUCGAGCUCAAGAAUACCGUGCUCUACAACAGGCCCGAAGUCGAAGACAUGAUCUUUCUGCCUCGAGAACACUCCAGCAACAAGGCACUCAAUCUUCUAUCAGGCAACGACGAGAUUAUGCAGAAGAUGGUGAAGCGGGUCAAGCACGCGUGUAAGGAUUCACUUAAGGAUGUGAAACAUCUUGCUGCGCGGGCGACGAAGAAGGGUUCACAGCCUCUCGUAGCUCCUCGAAAGCAAGAGUUGAAAUUGUAUGCUCCUUUGCGGAAUAUACUCGAAUGCAUCGAGAGUCUCUGCAUUCGAACCAAGCUUGACAGACCAUACUACCGCAAACUCAUCUGCAACAGCGAACGUCCAUUGAAACCCGACGAUGGUACCACAGGGGACAUCUUUUCCUUGAAGCCCGACUUUCCGCUUGUUGAGAUACGGCCGUCAAAGGAUGGCCGCUCCGAGAUCGACAUUGACCAUGUCCCGGAGGAUAUUCUCUGGCGGCAGUGCCCAGCGUUUCUCGAGGUGAAGGCUGUCGACGCGCCCUUUCCUCGUAAUAAGCCAAGCGUUGUCAAAACCACGCUUGCUCAAGGUGCCGAUUACGCCCGCGCCAUCUUCGCGAGUCGCCCCUUCCAGCUCUACGUCCUCGGCAUGUACCUUUGGAAGACACACUUCUGCUUCGCGUAUUUUGAUCGCCGCGGCGUCGUUCUGUCUAAGGAGUACAACUUGCUCAAUGAUGACGGCCUCCUCAAGUUUGUCAAGGCGGUUGUUCGCUUCACUUGGGAAAUGUCUCUGGAAGAUUUAGGCCACGAUCCGUCCGCCACGUUGAUCGAUGGCACCGCCUACUACGACCAGGAGCACCCUCGCUUUGAAGUAUCCAUGGGUCAGGAGCAGGACACCCGCAGAUGGAGAACUUUCGGGAAGCCGCUGUUCGCGUCGCAUUCGCUCUUGGGGCGCGGGACCUCCGUGUGGCAGAGUGUCUACCUCUCUAGCGGCAACAAAACUCCAGCCAUCCUGAAAUGUGCAUGGAGGUCCGCUACUCGCACCAGCGAAACCGAGAUCUACGACAAGAUCAAAUCGGCUCUUGGAGGUCGGGUUCCCGAUGGCAUUGCUCAGCCCUUCACCGGCGGUGACGUAUACCUUCGCCAUCUCCAUAAGCCGCUGUCGAUAGCCGCUCUGAGACACCCUAUGGAAGUUCCCGGGACUGAGAAGCUAGUCGGGAACAUCAGACUGCAUCGAGUCACGCUUAUGGACUUUGGAAAGACCUUGGUCGACUAUCGCGAUCCGAAACAGCUCGCGCUGGUUCUCAUCUCCGUUCUUAAAGGUUGGCAAUCUGCUUCUGCUCUGGGAACGAAUUCGCUGACUUCAAGCGUGGUUGGGGUAGGACACAAGGCUCUGCAUGAAGCCGGAAUACUCCACCGCGAUAUCAGCCCGGGCAACAUACUCAUCAGGACACUGCCGAAGUGGAUGGCAGAUGGAAGGCUCGUCGUGGUUGAUGACCCUGAGGAUUCAGGCUUCUUGACCGACUUUGAGUUUGCGUCGGUACCCCAGCCUGGCACGGUUCUGACCACAAUCCGCAAGACGGUUCCUAUGCCCAACAGAAGCCGUCAAGUCCGCAAGCCGACGGCCUCGGAUGCUCCUGACCAAAGCCGGCACUUGCGGUUCGAAUAUGUGGAAGGUAAAGCCCCGCCUAAGGUCCGCGGCCCUGGGGACGUGAUCACGGUGCGCGAUUGCCAAUCCAACUGA